ACUUUAUGUUCCGAAUAUCGAUAACUCCAAAAGCUCAUUGAUUUAUUGGCUGUGAUUUAACUGCUUAUGCAAACAACCCCAUUAAUCUAGGAGGCUGGGCAUCCCUUACUUUUAUGUCGAAAGCACAGUGCUCCAGAAUUAUUACUGUACUUGAAAACUGAAGGGAUGGGCGUGAAUCGCCCUCUAAAAAGGAUGAAGGAGCAAAUGCUUUUCUCCACUGUUAUGGGCGCGUGCUUCACUCACUGUCUCUCAAGACUGCUGAAGGAGCCGGCACAGAAAUUACUCUCAACUAUGGAUUUAACAGGAACCAUUGUGCAAAUACUCUGAGCACUUUUCUGAUAUCAAACUGAUGCGCAUAGAGGGAAGGAAAAGAGUGUGUGUGACGGUGAGUUAUAGAGCAAGAAAGGAAAGAGAGUAGUGAGUGAGAGAGGGAGAAAGGGAGAGAGAGGUUAGUUUGAACCAGGUGAUAGAACCACAACAAACCUCCAAGGGGCGGGUGGUUAAGAUCAGUUUGCACAGGAUUCUUGUUCCAAUCAUGGUGCCAGCAGCCUGUCCCGGACCCUUUGCCAUGCUGGUUCUCGCCUUUCUCCUGGGAUGUGGGCUCUGCCUGGGCCAGAAUGAUACGGAGCCCAUCGUUCUGGAGGGAAAGUGUCUGGUGGUGUGUGACUCCAACCCUUCAUCUGACGGAGGAGUCACCUCUUCACUUGGGAUAUCUGUCCGCUCCGGCAGCGCCAAAGUGGCUUUUUCGGCCGUCAGAGGGACAAACCACGAACCUUCGGAAAUGAGCAACACUUCCAUGACCAUCUAUUUUGAUCAGGUCUUAGUUAACAUUGGCAAUCAUUUCGACCUAAAAGCGAGCGUAUUCACCUCGCCACGGAGAGGAAUUUACAGUUUCAGCUUUCAUGUGGUCAAGGUGUACAACAGACAAACCAUACAGGUGAACCUGAUGCAGAACGACUACCCGGUCAUAUCUGCCUUUGCUGGGGAUCAGGAUGUCACGCGGGAGGCGGCGAGUAACGGAGUUCUACUGAUGGUGGAGCGCGAGGAUCGAGUAUAUCUCAAGUUGGAAAGAGGGAAUCUAAUGGGCGGAUGGAAAUAUUCCACGUUCUCUGGAUUUUUAGUCUUUCCUCUUUAAUCGACUCGCACCCGUGUUCUUGGCUUGCGAGUGACAUUUUCACGAGACCGAGGAAGAAAAAGUAUCAGUUCUUUGAACAAAACUGUUUGCGAUGCAGACAAAUAGCGCACACGUCAAAAAUAUAGCAAAACCGAUUAUGGACGCGUCCGAGGGGAGUUCCCGCCUUUUUUGGCCACAGCAAUUUUGAGAGUAAAGCAGUCGCGCGUGGAUUUUAUGGAUGGAAAAGAAAUUCGCAACCUUCAAUUACAUGGAACACCAUAUAAAUGAGAAGAUAUUUAUGACGAAGAACUUCUAGUCCCGAACUAGGUGUAUUUAUCAGUGCUUUAUUUUGUGUUUGUAUAGCCUUAAUGAUUCGGCUUCCGUCCAUGUGUGAUAUGGAGCUGCGGAAGUGCUUUAUGGCCCCAAAGCAUUUUUGCACGAAUGGAAGAUCCUGUUUUGUGCUGUCAAUGAUGUGUCUUUUGGAUGCUGAACAUACUGAAAAUAUGCCAAAUGUAGGCCACCUGCUAUACAGUGAUUAUUUAAAAGAAUAAGAAACCAUAUAUCAGCCAAUGGAGACGUCUUAAAACUUUUGCUAGACAUCUAAUUUAUAAAAUACAUUAUGGUGUGUUCUACAUUCCGGAUAUAAGUAGCUUUGAUUGAUUUAGUGCUCAGUGACAAUGCUCACAGAUGUAAGUUGUGGAAAAAGAAAAGUCCCUAUAUGUCCCGCCUAAUAAAAUAUUGUAUUGUAAACAUAUUUACUCAAUCUUUUUAUUAUGUUUUUUAUUUCAUUUAAAAUGAAUGCUAAAAAUUGCAUCAAGGAAUUGAGCAUGCUUAAAACGUUAUUUUUCUUUACCUCUAUUAAAAUCUAUCAAUAAUCAGGGAGAAAAGAGUGCGUGCGAUCUCGUGCGUUUAGCGUGGCGCUGUCCGUGGUGCUGAAACACAACUCUCGCUUCAAAAAUCGCAUUAUUGUUCUCAAGGCCGAAUACCAACGUGUACAACAAUUAUGUCUGAUCUUAAUAUAUUAAUUUUGUUUUGGUAACCUUGAAAAUUGUCUGUUUAGCAAUCCUUGAGCUUAAAAUCCAAAAUCGAUUUUUUUGCAAAGGCGUUGUAAAUUGCAUGAACUAAAGAAAGGUGAUAGUAAUAUUGAUAUUAACACUGGCUACCACACACACACACGCACGCACGCACGCACGCACGCAC